AUGUCUUUUAACUCGUCAGUCCACGAGCAUUCGAUGAGCAUCGCAGUCUGGUACGACUUUCAAGUCACUAAACAUCGAUUCAUCGACCUCACGCGAAACCAACGACAUCGACAGCGCCAGCUUCCUGUCGUCCAACUCCUCGUCGAUGAAGCGACUGUCGCCCCGGCUCCUGAAUCAAAGGUUCUCGUCAAAAUCAACCUGAAUGGCUUCUCAAUUCAAGGAUCGGUAAAGCUGGCGGACAAGAUAAAAGCAGUGCUGUCCCCCACGACUACGCAGGGAAUCUCCUUCGUGGGCUUGGCAGCUCUUCAUCACCACAGUCGCAUCGGAAAUUGA